GCAAGGUUCUUUGACUAACAUAGCGUUGCGUCUACUAAAACGUCUCCCAAAUUGCCUGAUGUUAAACCGUCUCAUUACAAUCACAACUGUCCUCUUUGGUCCACAGAGGAACAAGUCCUAAGUAAAUGUACUGACGAGGCUGCGGGGACUGUAUUUAGGGAGAAGAACAACAUGCCAUGUUACUUUUAUUUACAUACACAAGUCUAGCCUCUCUAACGUGGCGGUAAUAAUCCAGCGAGCAUUGCGCUUUGCGCCUUGGGCUAGCCCUCUCAAAGGGACAUGUAAGGAAAGAGCAAGCAGAGCUGUGCACCAUCUAUUGCUACUUGCUUUCUGUGCUGACGUGCCCACCAUGAAGUUCAUUCCGAAGAUCGAUGAAAUAAUUGAGGCUCAAGACGACAGCACUGGAACUCUGACAUGCGGAGUUGAACUCGAGUUCCUCCUUCCCUCUAUUGACCACAUGGCGAAAGACCCCGAACCAGAUAUUGCGAACAGGUUGUUAUACAGGUCGACGAGUAGAAACCCAGAGAUUAUUCAUAAAGAGAUCCGUGAGCAGUUGAUGGCUAUCCUUAGGCAACUCGAGGGUGUUUCCUUCCGAGCUAUGGAUGACGAUGACUUUCAUCCUCCACAUGACAAUGUGGUAGUUUACGAUUCUUGGCGGCUCGGCUCCGAUACCACAGUCAACAAGAAUCAUGAAGAUAAUGAAUGUUCUCAAAGCUCGUACACUUGGACUGGCUGUGUACUGACAUCUCCAGUCAUGAAUCCCCACGACCACGCCGCAAAUAUUGAUAGCAUUUGCCGGAUUCUCAAGAUAGUCCGGAUCCACCUCAAUAAGUCAACUUCCGUGCAUGUCCAUGUUGGGCGCGGGGAUGAGCCCUUUAGCUUGCUCACUGUCCGGAAAUUCGUCACUCUUUACUGGCUUACAGAGGAGGCCAUCUUCGGGCUCCAUCACCCGAGUCGCAAGACUAAUAGGCAUUGCCUUCCUCUUUCCAAAUACUCAGUGAUAGCAAAACAAUUGCAGUCCACCGUUGACAGCGAAGACCGGUGUUCAAACGAUCAGGGCCACAGGUUCAAGGAUUAUGUUUCCGAAGCUGGCUUAUCCCCACUUCGAAGAACACAACUCCGUCGCAUCUGGGCUUGCUGUAGUAUUGAAGAAGUGGCGAAGUUGAUGUGUAUUGGAAUUGACAUGGGCUGGAAAUUACCAGGCCCUGACGAGCGAGGCGCGGUAGGGUUCUGGCGUUUUCUACCCGCGGGGAAAUCGGGAGGAAACAUACAGACUUUCGAAUGGCGUCAAAUGUCUGGUUCUGUGGAUUCCAACCACAUCAAUCAAUGGGUUAAGGCUUGCAUCGCAUUCACUGACUUUUGCCGCCUUUCCGACAAAGGCACCUUUAAGAAGUUUGUGGGGAAGGUUAUCGAGAAGGGGGAUAGUUACACCGGAAUUGAACUACUCAAUGCUCUGGAUGUCGAUAGCCAUAUCUUCCAUGUUAUGCGAGGAGCGUGGGCUCUAAGCCGUCAUUUCUGCAAUGAUGAACAUGGUAAGGAUCUCUUCUUACCCAUUGAUGAGCUCUGACUUCGAAUGCCCACGUCUUCGCUCUCAUUUCUAUAUGACGAAGUCCGAGGCUCGAUUGGAGGGCAAUACUCAUAAUAUGAAUGUGAGUGUAUACUAGUCGGCACAUAAAUUCACAUCUCUAGAGAGAUGAAUUUGACGAGGAAGAAAAGAGCGUCUUAAUUAAACAUUAUUAAAUACACUCCAUGUCUCUUUUCUUGAUGUAGCAAGGAAGUCCAUCUUUCAUAGGAAGAGUCAGGCUAGUCUUGCUGACUCGUUUACCCUCGUAUGCCGCUGUAAAUUCGAACAUUAAGAGCAUGGUCGCAAUGACUUGGGUAGCGAUGAUUUCAGCCAUUCGCUUACCGAGACAGGUUCUCGGUCCGCCAUCUU